CUGUCUCACCCUAAACCCCUCCCCGUCCCAGACUAAACUCCUCCCCUCGGCCCGGCCCGCCCCUGGGCCCGGGCUGGAAGCCGGAAGCGAGCAAAGUGGAGCCGACUCGAACUCCACCGCGGAAAAGAAAGCCUCAGAACGUUCGCUCGCUGCGUCCCCAGCCGGGGCCGAGCCCUCCGCGACGCCACCGGGGCCAUGGGGGCCGCACGCAGCCCGCCGUCCGCUGUCCCGGGGCCCCUGCUGGGGCUGCUCCUGCUGCUCCUGGGCGUGCUGGCCCCGGGUGGCGCCUCCCUGCGACUCCUGGACCACCGGGCGCUGGUCUGCUCCCAGCCGUGAGAGCCUGCUGCCAACUUCUGACAGAAGUCCUGCCAUGCCACUCCAGGUUCAGGCUGUGAGCUACAGCCAUCCGCAGGAGGGUUCCCGGAGAAUUGUGGAUGCGUGCACCUGCGCUUCCUGUCGAGAACAUUCAUUAUGCAAAAGUACCUGCCUGGAUGACAGCUGGAUUCACCCUCGAAACCUGACCCCCUCCUCCCCAAAGGACCUGCAGAUCCAGCUGCACUUUGCCCACACCCAACAAGGAGACCUGUUCCCCGUGGCUCACAUCGAAUGGACACUGCAGACAGACGCCAGCAUCCUGUACCUCGAGGGUGCAGAGUUAUCUGUCCUGCAGCUGAACACCAAUGAACGUUUGUGCGUCAGGUUUGAGUUUCUGUCCAAACUGAGGCAUCACCACAGGCGGUGGCGUUUUACCUUCAGCCACUUUGUGGUUGACCCUGACCAGGAAUAUGAGGUGACCGUUCACCACCUGCCCAAGCCCAUCCCUGAUGGGGACCCAAACCACCAGUCCAAGAAUUUCCUUGUGCCUGACUGUGAGCACGCCAGGAUGAAGGUAACCACGCCAUGCAUGAGCUCAGGCAGCCUGUGGGACCCCAACAUCACCGUGGAGACCCUGGAGGCCCACCAGCUGCGUGUGAGCUUCACCCUGUGGAACGAAUCUACCCAUUACCAGAUCCUGCUGACCAGUUUUCCGCACAUGGAGAACCACAGUUGCUUUGAGCACAUGCACCACAUACCUGCGCCCAGACCAGAAGAGUUCCACCAGCGAUCCAACGUCACGCUCACUCUACGCAACCUUAAAGGGUGCUGUCGCCACCAAGUGCAGAUCCAGCCCUUCUUCAGCAGCUGCCUCAAUGACUGCCUCAGACACUCCGCGACUGUUUCCUGCCCAGAAAUGCCAGACACUCCAGAACCAAUUCCGGACUACAUGCCCCUGUGGGUGUACUGGUUCAUCACGGGCAUCUCCAUCCUGCUGGUGGGCUCCGUCAUCCUGCUCAUCGUCUGCAUGACCUGGAGGCUAGCUGGGCCUGGAAGUGAAAAAUACAGUGAUGACACCAAAUACACCGAUGGCCUGCCUGCGGCUGACCUGAUCCCCCCACCGCUGAAGCCCAGGAAGGUCUGGAUCAUCUACUCAGCCGACCACCCCCUCUACGUGGACGUGGUCCUGAAAUUCGCCCAGUUCCUGCUCACCGCCUGCGGCACGGAAGUGGCCCUGGACCUGCUGGAAGAGCAGGCCAUCUCGGAGGCAGGAGUCAUGACCUGGGUGGGCCGUCAGAAGCAGGAGAUGGUGGAGAGCAACUCUAAGAUCAUCGUCCUGUGCUCCCGCGGCACGCGCGCCAAGUGGCAGGCGCUCCUGGGCCGGGGGGCGCCUGUGCGGCUGCGCUGCGACCACGGAAAGCCCGUGGGGGACCUGUUCACUGCAGCCAUGAACAUGAUCCUCCCGGACUUCAAGAGGCCAGCCUGCUUCGGCAGCUACGUAGUCUGCUACUUCAGCGAGGUCAGCUGUGACGGCGACGUCCCCGACCUGUUCGGCGCGGCGCCGCGGUACCCGCUCAUGGACAGGUUCGAGGAGGUGUACUUCCGCAUCCAGGACCUGGAGAUGUUCCAGCCGGGCCGCAUGCACCGCGUAGGGGAGCUGUCGGGGGACAACUACCUGCGGAGCCCGGGCGGCAGGCAGCUCCGCGCCGCCCUGGACAGGUUCCGGGACUGGCAGGUCCGCUGUCCCGACUGGUUCGAAUGUGAGAACCUCUACUCGGCAGAUGACCAGGAUGCCCCGUCCCUGGACGAAGAGGUGUUUGAGGAGCCACUGCUGCCUCCGGGAACCGGCAUCGUGAAGCGGGCGCCCCUGGUGCGCGAGCCUGGCUCCCAGGCCUGCCUGGCCAUAGACCCGCUGGUCAGGGAGGAAGGAGGAGCAGCAGUGGCAAAGCUGGAACCUCACCUGCAGCCCCGGGGUCAGCCAGCGCCGCAGCCCCUCCACACCCUGGUGCUCGCCGCAGAGGAGGGCGCCCUGGUGGCCGCGGUGGAGCCUGGGCCCCUGGCUGACGGUGCCGCAGUCCGGCUGGCACUGGCGGGGGAGGGCGAGGCCUGCCCGCUGCUGGGCAGCCCGGGCGCUGGGCGAAAUAGCGUCCUCUUCCUCCCUGUGGACCCCGAGGACUCGCCCCUUGGCAGCACCCCCAUGGCGUCUCCUGACCUCCUUCCAGAGGACGUGAGGGAGCACCUCGAAGGCUUGAUGCUCUCGCUCUUCCAGCAGAGUCUGAGCUGCCAGGCCCAGGGGGGCUGCAGUAGACCCGCCAUGGUCCUCACAGACCCACACACGCCCUACGAGGAGGAGCAGCGGCAGUCAGUGCAGUCUGACCAGGGCUACAUCUCCAGGAGCUCCCCGCAGCCCCCCGAGGGACUCACGGAAAUGGAGGAAGAGGAAGAAGAGGAGCAGGACCCAGGGAAGCCGGCCCUGCCACUCUCUCCCGAGGACCUGGAGAGCCUGAGGAGCCUCCAGCGGCAGCUGCUUUUCCGCCAGCUGCAGAAGAACUCGGGCUGGGACACGAUGGGGUCAGAGUCAGAGAGGCCCAGUGCAUGAGGGCGGCUCCCCAGGGACCGCCCAGAUCCCAGCCUUGAGAGAGGAGUGUGUGUGCACGUAUUCAUCUGUGUGUACAUGUCUGCAUGUGUAUAUGUUCGUGUGUGAAAUGUAGGCUUUAAAAUGUAAAUGUCUGGAUUUUAAUCCCAGGCAUCCCUCCUAACUUUUCUUUGUGCAGCGGUCUGGUUAUCGUCUAUCCCCAGGGGAAUCCACACAGCCCGCUCCCAGGAGCUAAUGGUAGAGCGUCCUUGAGGCGCCAUCAUUCGUUCAUUCAGCAUUUAUUGUGCACCUACUAUGUGCCGGGCAUGUGGGAUACCAAGAUAAAUUGCAUGUGGCAUGGCCCCAGCCAUGAAGGAACUUAACUGCUAGUGCCGAGGACACAUUAAACGAACAGGAUGGGCCGGGCACGGUGGCUCACGCCUGUAAUCCCAGCACAUUGGGAGGCCGAGGCAGGUGGAUCACUCUGAGGUCAGGAGUUUGAGACCAGCCUGGCCAACAUGGUGAAACCCCAUCUCCACUAAAAAUAGAAAAAUUAGCCGGGCAUGGUGACACAUGCCUGUAGUCCUAGCUACUUGGGAGGCUGAGGCAGGAGAAUUGCUUGAAUCUGGGAGGCAGAGGUUGCAGUGAGCCGAGAUUGUGCCAUUGCACUGCAGCCUGGAUGACAGAGCGAGACUCCAUCUCAAAAAAAAAAAAAAAAAAAAGAUGGUCACGCGGGAUGUAAACGCUGAAUGGGCCAGGUGCAGUGGCUCAUGCUUGUAAUCCCAGCACUUCGGGAAGGCGAGGCAGGUGGAUUGCUUGAGCUCAGGAGUUCAAGACCAGCCUGGGCGACAUAGUGAGACCUUAUUUCUACCUAAAUUUUUUUUUAGUCAGUCAUGGUGGCACAUGCCUGUAGUCCCAGCUACUCGGGAGGCUGAUGCCAGAUGAUCACUUGAGCCCAGGAGGUAGAGGCUGCAGUGAGCUAUAAUGGUACCAUUGCAAUCCAGCCUGGGCAACAGAGUGAGAUCCUGUCUCAAAAAAAAAUAAAAAAGUAGAAAGAUGGAGUGGAAGCCUGCCCAGGGUUGUGAGCAUGCACGGGAAAGGCACCCAGGUCAGGGGGGAUCCCCGAGGAGAUGGCUGAGCUGAAGGAUUGUUUUUGGGGAAAGCAUAGUCCCAGCAAGGAAGCAGCUUGUGGGUAAGUGCUGGGAGGUGAGUGGAGUGAGCUUGUCAGGGAGCUGCUAGUGGAGCCUGGAGGGGAAGGAGGGAGGCAGUGAGAGAGAUCAGGGGUGGGGGUUGGGGGGAUGUCGCCAGAGCUCAGGGUGGGGACAGCCUUGUGCGCAUCAGUCCUGAGGCACCUUUCGUCUGAUGAGCCUCUGCAUGGAGAGAGGCUGAGGGCUAAACACAGCUGGAUGUCACCUGAGUUCAUUUAUAGGAAGAGAGAAAUGUCGAGGUGAAACGUAAAAGCAUCUGGCAGGAAGGUGAGUCUGAAGCCCUGCACCCGCGUUCCGACUAUCAGUGGGGAGCUGUUAGCACGUAGGAUUCUUCAGAGCAGCUGGGCUGGAGCUCCCCUGAGCUCAGGAAGCCCCAGGGUGCAAGGGCAAGGAAAUGAGGGGUGGUGGGUCAGUGAAGAUCUGGGCAGACCUUGUGUGGGGAAGGGGUGCUGCUGUGACUUCAGGGUCUGAGGUCCAAAGACAGCAUUUGAAAAGAGGCUCUGAAGCCAGUGUUUGAAGAAUUUGUUCCUGAAGUACCUCCUGGGGGUAGGCUGGAGGCUUCUGGCUUCAGGGUCCUGAAGAACACAUUGAGGUGCCGUCUGACACUGGAAUAGGGUGCCCUUCAUUCCUAUGCCUGAGUCCUUAACUAUAUUUCCAACCUCCAGUGAGGAGGAGAAGAUUCGGAAAUGUGACAGGAGAGCAAACAGGACAGUUUGCAUGUGUGUGUGUGUGUGUGUGUGUACACACAUACAUGUACGUGAAAGAUUAUCAAUAAAAGUGCAUAAAUUUGUUGAUCUGGUAAGAGUUUCUAGCAGGAAGGUCGAGCCACUUACUGUAGGUCAAGAAGUUGCUAGUUGCGGAGUUUUUUCUUGCAGUUAGACUUCACCUAGUGGCAGCAGGGCCACCAAAGCUCUGUGUCCCAGAUGGUGUAUGGCCCAUAAUCCACCCAACAGCAGCAAAGGACCAGGCAAGGGAGAACAGGAGCGGAAGCCUCCCAGCCACUAGCCUUUUGGGCUCAGUCUCUCCAAUAAUCCUGGAGAGGGGCUUCGUUGGGUCUGGACACCUACCAUGCGUUCUGUGACCUUUCCCUAGCUUCCAAUAAAUAACUGUUCGACGCCCAGAGUACAGGAUACGACAAUGCACUCUUCCUGCGUAGAGCACAUGUUCCCAUCUGCUCCCAUUCCUCAGGAACCUUGAAUUCUAGCUCUGCUGGCCUUUGAGCCCAUGCCAGUAAAUGUCCUCAUGGGCAUUGCCUACUAUCUCCAGGGCAGCUGCCUUUGUUCUCCUAACAGCUUUAUUGGAGUACAGUUCACUUACCAUACAAUCCACAAUUGACCCUGCACAAUUUGAUGCCGGUUUAGUAUAGUCACAGUUCAGCAGCCAUCAGCACAGUCAGUCUUAGAGUUUACUACCCCCAAAAGAAAUCCAGCCCCCCUUAGUCACCACCCCAACCUCCCCAUCCCUAGGCACCCCUAGGCUACUUUGAUCUCUGUAGACUUGCCUCUUCUGGACAUGACAUAGAGAAAGGAGUCAUAAAUUCUCCAAGGUGUCUAUUUCUUUAAUGUCAUUCCCUGUUUCUCCUCACAUUCCCUCCCCAUUUCCUGGGCCCAGUCUCACACUGGUCCUUGCUUACCCUAAAUGCUAUUAAUUCCAUCACUCUGAGUAUGGUGUUUGCUGUCCGCUGAAUGCCAAGAGCUUCAAGAGUGUGUGUAAAUAAAGCCACACCUUUAUUUUUGUAUUAUUCUGAA